CUCUAAUCUUCCAUGGAGGAUUCUAAAGAACCCAACCAACAGCAGCAGCUACAACCACCGCAUGGGACGCUUACGGGCUCCUACAACCGCAACGCCGCCACGUUAACCGGUCCCACCUCCACUCCUCAGGCGAUGCCCCACUGGUUAUCUGUCGGGGAUCUCUCGCAGCGCCAGCCUCAACAACCGUGGAUGCAGUUCGGGAACGAGCAACCAGGAAGAGGACGACCGAGGAAGUAUGCUUCUUCUGAUGUCAUUGAUCUUUCUCUGCGUCUUGGUGGUGGUGGAGGUGCAAGUGCUAACUCAUCAGACCCACCACCUGUUAAACGGACCAGAGGUCGUCCUCCUGGCCCCGUCAAGACCCAGCUCAACGCUUUAGGUACUCCAUCGAUCUUUCUUGAAACCCCUUUUUUUUUUAAUCAAAUCAAGAUAUAUCACUGCUUGCUUAUAGGAGGAGCAGGAACACCGUUUAUACCUGAUAUCAUUGAGGUCGAAGCUGGAGAGGACAUAGCUGCAAAGAUUGUGGCGUAUACGCAUCAAGCGGGACCACGCGAGGUCGUUAUUCUCUCAGCUUCAGGAGCUAUAUCUAGUGCGCUGCUUAACAGUCCUAGUGGAGUUGUUAAGUAUGAGGGACAAUAUGAAAUUGUUGCUAUGUCAGGCUCUUUCUUGAAUACUGAGAGUAAUGGUACUUUGACCAUAACUGGUGACUUGAGCGUGUCUCUGGCUAACCACAAUGGCAAGAUUGUUGGGGGUAUUGUUGCUGGAAUGCUAGUAGCUGGGUCACAAGUCCAGGUCGGUGUUGGAAGCUUUGUACCAGAGCGAGUGGUUGAGAAUAACACCGAGCCAGCUUCAGGUCCAGCAACAGCCAGUGGUAGUGGUGGACUAAAUGAUAGUAAAUCGCCGCUGCAUCAAGUUGGAAACUCUACGCCUCAACCACCUGACCAGAUGUGCGAUCUUCGCCUCUGGCCUGGCAGCAACCCUCAAUAAGAAAAUGGUUCGUGGGUCAACCUCACUGGAUUUGCUUCUCUGUUCCUUCUCUCUGAUCAGAAUUUUCCAUAAGUAGAUUGAUCUGUUAA